ACUGAAAAUCCAAUAGUUAUUAGAUAUAAGUUUAUUUCAACUCCAUAAUCAGCAAUAGACGAUAAGAUACGGUAAUUGAUGAAAACAAAAUAAAUAAAACUGAAUAUAGAAUCGGGAAAGCAAACGAAACCUCAAGACAUGAUCUUUCAGAAUGCAAGUCUUCAAAAUAAUUUUUUUUAUAAUAAUAUCAACAAGUCUAAAAUCUAUAUGCUUGGCUGAGGAGGGAAGUAUUGUUCUUUCUGAUGGAGUGUUUAUAUACAAGAGAGAAAUUGUGAAAGAAGCAUUGGCUUAUGGACAAUAUAAUGAUGAGAUUGCAGAAAAAGGAUGGGGCAUCCUCGACAUCACUGCAACGACGCAUAACAUGAAAUACUCUCCUGAUCAAAUUAUGUAUGCCGCUGGAAUGUUAGAAGGAGCUCUUACAUCAAAGCGUAUAUAUCAAAAUUAUGAGAAUUUGAAAGGUUUUUUGUUUGAUAACAGACCUGCUGAUAUAUACAAUCGUUCUUGUGAUUUUUUUGCCAAGCAAGAAAAAUGGUUAAAGGAGAAUGUGAUUUCUGGGAAAGGUGAUAUUAGAUGGGAAGCCGUUGGAUACAUGCAAAGCCAAUUGGAGGGACUUCUGGCUGGAUAUACUCUGACAGCCAAUAAUAGUAUGAGCAUGUGCCAAAUGCAUUUGUUGAACGGAGCAGGAGACAUGUUAGAUUUAUUUAACGUCUUCCAUAGACCAUCGCAUAAUCAUUUUAAAAGAAUGUCAAAAAAACAACUUCGCCAAUAUAACCAGAAACAUGGUCAUUGUUCUGUUCUUAUUAAAGUUACUCCAGGAUUUGAAAACAUGUAUAUGGGACAUAGCACCUGGUUUGUUUACAGCGCAAUGCUUCGUAUUUAUAAGAACUAUGAUUUUCAAGUUUUCGGUAAGGAACAUAAAAAUUCAAAAAUGUCAUUUUCUAGCUAUCCUGGUUUUCUCCAGUCAUGGGAUGAUUUCUAUAUAUUGGGAAGUGAAAUGGUUAUAUUACAAACUACAAACAAUAUAUACAAUACUAGCUUGUAUGAUCUUGUAACUCCUAAAUCCCUUUUAGCUUGGCAUCGUGUUCGUGCAGCAAAUCUUCUAGCUAGCAAUGGGUAUGAUUGGGGCGAAAUCAUCAAAUUUCACAAUUCUGGCACUUACAAUAAUCAAUACAUGGUGGUUGACUUGAAAAAAUUCACGCCUGAAAUUGGUUUCGAAGAUGGUGCGUUGUAUGUUGUGGAACAAAUACCAGGAUUUGUUGAAUCUCAUGACCAAACAAAUAUCUUAAGGGAGGGAUACUGGGCCUCCUAUAACGUACCCUUUUAUGAAUCUAUCUACAAUAUGAGUGGGUAUCCGGCUGUUACCAAAAACGAUCCUGAUUUGUCACAUGACUUAGCUCCGAGAGCAAAAAUAUUUCGACGUGAUCAAGGCACUGUUGUUGAUAUGGAAAGUAUGAAAAAAAUUCUCCGUUACAACAACUAUAAAUUUGAUAAAUAUUCAGAAGGUGAUGCUUGCAAUGCUAUAUGUUGUCGCAAUGAUUCAAAUUAUAUGGGGUGCACUGAUUCAAAAGCAACCGAUUACUUUUUGGCCAAGUCCUUUACUACUCAUGCAAUAAAUGGGCCGACGGUUGGUGGAUUGAGUGAUAUUCCGCCAUAUAAAUGGCCACAAAAUUCUUCCUAUCAUGAAGGAAUGCCUAAUGUAUGGAAUUUUACUUUCAUUGAUAUUAAGCCUAAAUAUUUUGGGUAAUCGAUAGUAAUAAAUUAUGAUAAUACUAUGCAAUGUUUUUAAAUUUGCAUUUUAAAUCUUUUUAUUAUAUGUUAUAUAAAAUACAGUUCAUUUAUUAUUCAGUGAUAAGUUCUAUUUGUAAUUUUUUAUUAUUCCUGUCAUGAUUUUUGAGAUAAUAUUUGGUAUUUGAAUAUCAAUAUUUUGCAGGAAUUCAUCUUUUAUUUUAUACUAUAAAAUCGAGACAGUUAAGAAAUAUUGUACAAGUUUAAUAUAAUGACAAAUUCUCGAAUACCUUCAGUCAUUUGGUUUUGAGUUUUCAAUUUUUUGUGUGUUGUACUCAGUCAAGUUUGACUAUUGGAAGAUUCUUUCCUACAAUUCAGAAGAUGAUAUGUUGCCAAAAGUGUUAUAGAAUUGUGUUUCUGUUUUACGAAUAUUGUGUUUUAUCGUUCAUUAGGUACUCCUGAAGUAUGGGCACCAAGAUGUCGCACAACCUGAACCCUAACCUGGUACACAACCUGAGUUCAGGGUGUGCGCCAUCUUGGUGCGCAUACUUCAGGAGGUCUGUUUAUUAUAAUCAAGUAGAUUUAUAUAAGUUGAGGAUAUAUUAUAUAUACAGGGCUGCCUCCUAAAAAACAGAACCUAUAUUCUGAAGAAAACAUAAUUUUUGUGCAAAGUUUCUUAGAUUACUGAAACUUUCGUUUUCCAUCAUACACAAAAAGAAGUUCAAGGGUUAAAUUAAUUUUCUUCAUUUUUUCCUGAAAUUUUAUUGCCAAGCAAUAUAUAUACACUAUUAUGCAAUGCUCGACAUCAUAUUACUAGAUGCAUGUUGAUAUAAUAUUUCUUAUUGUUAUUCUGGCAGA